AUGACAACACAUACACACACCCCGAUGCUCCGUACCACAGCCCCCAACAGAGACUUUGCAUCACAUUCAAGAUGACCACCCUCCUUCCCCCGGCUGCAGUUCCUGUCCGAGAGGCCGUGGCUCGCUUCGCCUGCUUUCGAGGGCUGGCGCUUGGCCUUCGCCUGGCAGAAGCUCAAGAGAAACAAGCCCUCUCGGGACGAACAGGGCACACGGGGCAGCCGUUUCUGCAGCCAGCUUUAAAAAGAAAAGUCGAGUCCCGGUGGCGCAUUCAAGGGGAGUGA